AUACUGUGUAUUUAUCAUUGCUCCGUGGUUGUACGUGGGUGAAUUUAUCGUUGGAGGGAAGAGAGACAAUCCAAGGCUUGGGAAAAAAAAAAAAAAAGCUUCGACGCCUUCUUUGUUUGGGUUCUUCCUCCCCGUUUCGCAUCAUCUGGGGCAGUGUUAUCUAUCUGUUUCAGUCGAGGUAGUAUGAAUGAAAGCCACAGCAAUGCAAGUGUAAGCUCAAGCUCUAGUCUGAAUAGCAGCGUCCAAGAUACAGAGGAUGACCAAACCAUUGCAAGCAUCUUAGCGGAAGAAGAGCAAUCAAAAGUUGAUCGCAGGCUUGGGAAGAGGCUCUCCCAUUUGGAUUCUAUCCCUCAUACUCCUCGGGUUAAUGGGGAGAUUCCUGAUGUAAAUCAUGCAACCUUACACCAUGAGCGGCUGUCUGAAAGGUUGGUCACAUAUGGGUUAGCUGGACUGCAAAUGGAGGGUGAUGGGAAUUGCCAGUUUCGAGCUUUAGCGGAUCAGUUAUUUCGCAAUCCGGACCAUCACAAGCACGUAAGAAAGCAGGUCAUUAAGCAGUUCAAGCAUUUCAGAAAAUUAUAUGAAGGUUAUGUUCCAAUGCCGUACCGAAGCUACCUAAAGAAGAUGAAAAAAUCAGGUGAGUGGGGAGAUCAUGUUACUCUACAAGCAGCUGCAGACCGAUUUGGAGCCAAAAUUUGUUUAGUCACUUCUUUUCGGGACACUUGCUAUAUUGAGAUCCUACCCAAAGACAAGAAUCCCACCAGAGAGCUGUGGCUGAGCUUUUGGAGUGAAGUGCAUUAUAAUUCAUUAUACGCAAGUGGAGAUGUUCCAACCAGGGUAGCCAGAAAAAAGUAUUGGCUUUUCUAGAGUGGAAACAUCGUACUGGCCACCGUUUUCUCCAUGGAAGCCAUUGCAUAUGAGCAUGUAAAAUCUUAGAUUUCAAUUUGUUUUGAUGUAAAUAAUGCAUUCCAAUUUUGAUUCUGCAGCUAGCUUUUCAGCUGUUACUGACUGUACUUGAUAAGGGGAUGGCUGAGUUGUCUGCCAUGAAAACUAAAAUUCCAAUACUCCUAAUGUAGCUUCUAUAUGUUUGGUAUUUCUUUUUAUUGUAUUUCGGAGGGAUUUUA